UGUCUUAUGAAAAAUGAGUACAGUGUGUGAAGUAGGUUUGGAGUCCCCGUUUAAACCAGCAAUUAAUGAAGCUGAUACUCCUAGAGAAGAAGCCUGUAGCAAAUAUGGCUCAGAACAGGAUAAUUUAGAAUCAGUCGAUGCGGGGGAUGUAGAGUCAGUAGGUAUGGAGAGUGCAGAGUCAGUAUCAAGCUACCCUAAUGAUGAAAUGAUUACAGAGAGCGAGAUUAAAGAGGAAACAAAACAUGAAAAAGAGGGGGAGGCUGAAGAGGAAGCUGAAAUUCAGAAAAGAAAAGAGUUAUGGUUGCAUAUGGAUCAAAACACGAAGGAAGAGAGAUAUAAACGUCUUCAGUAUCUGCUAAUGAAGAGUAACAUGUAUACAGAAUAUCUCCUUAGACGUAUGGAAAAACAGAGGGAGGAAGAAAAGAAGAGAAAAGAAAGACUUAUCAAUAAACAGGCCAAGGAAGAGGAGAAAAAGAAAGAAGAAAAGGACAAACAAGGCACUGAACCAUCACAGACAACAGACUCUAGAAAAACACGGGGAUCAUUAAAACUUCGAGCACCAAUUCCUAAACGAAUGUCAAAAACCAAUACUCCAACAACUUCACCAGCAACUGCAGGUGUAGACAGUAAUAAAACUCCUGAAGUAGAGGCAGCUAAAGUUGAUGAUGAAGGAACAUGUUCUCAGACUGAAGCAAAUACUGAACAAAGUUCUCCUACUGCAGAUAAAGAGAAUACUUUUACUAGAAAGAAAACUAGAAACAGUCUGAAACCUCCAGAAGAAGAAGAUUUUGUGAAAACUUUGAGAGUAUACCUAGGAAGUAAACUUAUACCAGAUGAAACUAACGAGGAAGAAUUUGAGGAAAACUCAGAAGAAGACCCUCUUUAUACAGAGUCAAAGAAAGGCAGAAAAAGGAAGAACAUGGAUUAUAAUGAACAAUCACCACAAGGUGCCAAACUGCUCACAAACAUUUUCCAGUUCAAGAAGAGAAAAGUGGAAGAUGAAGAUAAAAGUACAGAAAUCAAAAUUGAAAGAAAAAUUAAGAAAGAAGGGGAGUUAUUUCAGGGUAAAGCUGAUGUUGCAGAUGAUGGCACUAUUUUACGUCCAGCUCUAUUUUCCGGCGGAAGUCUACGAAAAUACCAAAUAGAGGGCCUCAACUGGCUUAAAGUUUUAUAUGAGAAUGGUAUAAAUGGAAUGUUGGCUGAUGAGAUGGGGUUAGGAAAGACCAUCCAGUGUAUAGCACUGAUCACUCAGAUUGUUACCAUGGGAGCCACUGGUCCUUUCCUGGUUGUCGCACCAUUGUCAACUCUACCAAACUGGAGAAUGGAGUUUAAACGAUUUGCACCUUAUCUCCCUCUGGUGUUUCACCAUGGCUCAAAAGAUUUUAGAAACCUUUCCCUGAAGGAUAUCAGGAAAAAACACAAAAUCAUGGAAGGUGUAACUAUACAUCCAGUUGUGAUCACGUCAUAUGAAGUUGCUAUGCUGGACAGACCAGCAUUGACCAAGUUUGAUUGGACGUACAUGAUCAUAGAUGAAGGACAUCGGAUGAAGAACAGGCAUUGUAGGUUGGCAAGGGAACUGAAGGUGUUUACCACGGCUCAUAGAUUAUUGUUGACAGGAACACCAUUACAGAACAACCUGGCUGAACUAUGGUCAAUGCUAAACUUCUUAUUACCAGAGAUAUUUGAUGAUCUGGGAAGUUUUGAAGCAUGGUUUGAUGUGACAGUGAUGUCAGACGAGGAUGCUGACAGUGCUAUCAUAGAAGAAGAAAAAAAGAGCAACAUUUUAGGCAUGUUACACCAGAUUUUGACUCCAUUCAUGCUGAGAAGAUUGAAAACUGAUGUUGAUCUAGAAAUUCCUCCAAAGAAAGAACUAAUAGUGUAUUGCCCAUUGACUGCAUUACAAAAAGACCUGUAUGAAACAACUGUAAACAGAUCCAUUUUUGAGAAAGCCAAAAGUAGAACGGAAAAGGAAGAUGAAGAAUUUCAGAAGGAAAUUGAGAUGAAUGAUUUCAAAAGACCAAAAAGAGGUCGGAAGACCUUCACUAGGAAGCAAGGGCCUGUGGAGGUAAAGACUGCUGAAGUGUCUUAUACAUUAAGAAAUAUUAUGAUGCAACUACGAAAGAUUUGUAAUCACCCGUACCUUGUAGAACAUCCCCUUGGUGAAUUUGACAUGCCAAAGGUGGAUGAAGACCUUUUGAAGAGUUGUGGAAAAAUGAUGGUUUUAGAUAAAAUGCUUACAGAACUCCGUCGCAGAGGACAUAAGGUGUUGGUAUUCUCCCAGAUGACAAGGAUGCUAGAUUUGAUCGAGGAUUAUUUGUAUAUGAGGGAGAUAAAUUUCUGUAGACUUGAUGGAAGCCGUAAAAUUGAGGACAGACAAUCAUCUAUGGAAAAGUUCAACAAAGAUCCAGAUACUUGGGUUUUCUUAUUGAGUACAAGAGCUGGAGGACUUGGUAUAAACCUUGUGGCAGCAGAUACUGUGAUCAUCUAUGAUAGUGACUGGAACCCGCAACAAGACUUACAAGCCCAGGACAGAUGUCACAGGAUAGGUCAAACAAAGCCUGUAGUGGUGUACAGAUUUGUUACUGCUGAUACGAUAGAUCAGAAGAUUGUUGAACGAGCAGCGGCUAAACGUAAACUAGAGAAAAUGGUGAUAGCAAAAG